GGUGGUCUAAACCACACUAUUUCGAUGAACUGAAAUUAAUACUGAUUGUAGAUAAUUUUAAUGUGCUAACUUGUUUUUUGAAAAAUUUUCUCCCAAUACUUAUUUUUGAGAAAACACAUAAAGAAGAUAUAGGAGAGGAUUUGCUGGCUGUUCUUCUAAAACUCUGUGUUUAGAAAAAAAUUGAGAAAGUGAACGAUCCUCUGGAUGGCUAACGACAACAUUACUAAAAGAAAGGACGGUGGUUGUCGUAGAUGACAACAGGAGCGAUAACCACCGCAGGCAAGAAUUUGUCAAGCAGCCGUAUUAAGCCAUCUUUAUGAACAGACCCCACAAACCGACACAUUCUAUUCUAAACUUCAUCUCAAUAACUGAUACUUGGUGACUCACAGCUCAUCUGUUGAGUUUCGAUUCAACCAGCCCAUGCAAACCAGCACGUCAUGUGGUCCGGUUAUGAUAGGGGCAGUGGGAAGCUUGAUGCUGCCAGCAACAGUCAACAAGAAACUUUGGCCGAUAUCGAGCACAUUUCAACGAUUGCCGGUUCACUCGGCAGCAUCGGGACCAUCUCGCAGUCCGGUGACGGCGAACCAGUUUAUGAGACGGACCACACAGACCUCAACUCGGAGUAUGACGAAGUCGAACUGCGCCGGGAACUAAUGAAGGAUAAAUGGCGUCAAUUAUUCGAUGCGUUCGAUCCCGAAGGAUUUGGCGAAAUUCCUGUGGACGAUUUUGUCGCAGCACUCAAAUCACCCGAAUUUCUCGCCAACGUACCGCCUAACAAACGUGACAUACUGUACGAUCGCGCCCUGAAAGCCAAGACCUCCAAGGUGGAGGUGAUCUCUUUUCAAGAUUUUGUAAAUGUGGUAAGUGGAGAAUGUUAACUUUUUACUGGUAGCUUUAACGCUGGAACCGUUUUUAGUGAGUUUCUCGAUCUGUUAUACUUACUUCUAUAUAUUUGUAGUUCAUCUAAGAAAAAUUUAUAAUAAUUAUAUAAAUGUACUAAAUUAUAAGAAAUUUAAUGACUUUAUUAAAACGCUCUUUCUAGUACGAUUAUUCUGUUCUUCUAACUUUUGCUUUCCUAUUCGCCUCACUAAACUAUCUGAAGAACUCAAAUCCCGACUGCGUAGCGCCAUCAAUAACCCAUUAAUGGAGUGUCACUAUGCCUUUCAUUCUACAGCUGAUUUGUUUGUUCUAUGGCUGAAUACACAGUCAGCGACCUCUUGGGCAAUCAAAUAACUACACAAACCAUAAAAUCCUCUCAACAUCCAUACAUCCCCCAAAGAAACAAAGCAAGGGUGACCGCGGCUGCACAUUAUUACGUUCGCGUUCAAUAUGUCACUCUCGUUUACAAGCCUUUGGACAGUUUGGACGGUGAAGUUGCGUUCUGUAUCGUUAGAUAGUUUAUCUAGAAAAUUACAACAUCGCCAUCAUCAUUAUCAUUAUUACCCUUUCCUCAUUUGACGUGGCCGCCAUAGCGAUUUGAUCGUUUCUGUAAGGAAAGGAAGAAAAAUCCGCCCGCCCUGCUGCUCGGAUCAAUAUCAUCAGUGUUUUUUUGGGACACUUUAGCUGGAGAUACAUCAGGCUGCCGCCAUGGAAUAAAGACACCACGUGAAGAGUAAUAUUCUUACUAAAGGUCUGGUCUGGGAUCAAGGAUAGGUUUGAGGAAGGUUUUGAAAUAAAUUAGACAUAAUCAGUCUGUGACCUGCGAGUGACAUUCUGUUUUUUUCGUAGUCUGUUUGUUUUUCG